GUUGCACUAACAGAGAAGAUGGAAGGAGAGACUUGAAGUUUUACCGUAUUCCGAGGGAUCCCCAUCGUUAUUUUUUGAAUAAUAUUUAGCUGGUACCAAGUGAAAGAAACUGGCCUCGUCUACGGGGCUGACAAAUAACCACAAUUAGGCUCGAGCGUUUACGUCACAGCAGCACGGGAUCAUGCGAGAUUUGCGACAACGCAACCAUUGCGGAAGCAUCACGGGACAUUUAAACUUAGCGGCAACCAAAGAUGGAAAAAAGUAAGGAAUACUUGCCAGUUCGAUACGGAGACAAACUUGUUACCACGGCGAAGGACAGAUAUGUGAGCAAUUUUAAGGAUGUGAACAAUGUUGACCCUCACGAGCAAGCCGAACACAAAUGGAAUAAAGAUGUCGACAAGCUUCCACCACUACGCGAAAUGGACAUCAUGCUGUAUUUAGUGUUUGGUAUAUGUUACUACACUCAUCAGCAAUUCCGAAACUACAAAUCGCUACAAAGCUACGAACAGUUUUGCUGCGGAUGGGCGCAGGAUCUUCACUUUAUGACCAUAGCAAACGGCAACACCAUCUUUCUAGCAAAGUAUUAGAAACACACCGGUACACAUAUCACAAGCUGUUCCAGAAAAAAAAAAAAAAAAACCUGGAGUCAUCUACAAACAUGAGACGUGUGCCAAUUUUAGGAGCCACACUGCAUGGCAGCAGGCGGUUGAGUUAUGACCCUGGACUCUCAGGAAUCUCCGUUCUUAAAUUCAGUCACCUCUGCUCAACUUAAUGUCGCUGGGACAGAAGGCUUUUCAAUCUAAAGACAGCACCGACUGAGUGAUUGCGAUAAAGCAGUCUGUGAAGAGACCAGGACCAAACGGACACUCUAACACUCGUUCCUCUACACUGGCACGAUUCAACUGGACAUUUAGCGAAGUGUAACAAGGCCACAGACUACAUUCGAAUGGAGAUUCCACUUGGUAAUGUUAUCGUCUCAUCACCCAAUUUUGAGCACAAGGGAGCUCACCAAGCAUUUAAGGAUCGAUGGAAAGCCACAGAUGACACAAUGUGUCGCCACAGCAUGUCCUUUCACUUGCAUCAUGCAGUGAGGAGUGACUUCUUUGCCAGCUACCUUUACCUGUUGGAGAAAAUUCCUCUUGUAAAACUGUUUCCUGUCACAAGUGAGUACAUCAACGGAGAGAAACAGUUUUACUACAGAGCUCAACAGUUCUACGAGGAUGUGCCAGCCUCUGAAGACGGAAUGAUGGGAGACUAUGUGGAGGUAUCUAAUGUGGAUCUAGAAGCUUCUCGCCAGUUUUUAAAGAGGUUUGUGUCACCUGGGAAAGCUGGCACUCACUGUGCGCUUGACUGUGGUUCCGGUAUUGGCCGUGUGACCAAAGGUGUUCUUCUCCCUGUGUUUGAGAAAAUUGAGAUGGUGGACAUGAUGGAGCACUUUCUCCUCCAUGCACACGAGGAUUACUUGGGUGAUGAUGCAGACCGCAUCGAGACUUACUACUGCUAUAACCUACAAGAGUUUACUCCUCCCAAAAACAAGUAUGAUGUCAUCUGGAUUCAAUGGGUGGCAUGCCACCUGACUGACAAAGAUCUGUUGAACUUCCUUAUUCGCUGUAAGAAGAGUUUGCGUUUAAAUGGUGUCAUUAUACUAAAGGACAAUAUGGCACGACAGGGCUGCAAGUUGGACCCCAUUGACAGCAGCAUUAGUCGACACCUGGACAUCAUGAAGAACAUUAUUUACAAGACCGGCCUGGAGAUUUUGGCUGUUGAGAGACAGAACGGCUUCCCAGAGGUCAUCAUGCCUGUAUGGAUGAUUGCAAUGAAGUAGAACAAAGCUAUACACUUGUGUUCAUUUUGCAUCCUUAUUCACUAUUUGAAAAGUAGCAUAACUUCAGUUUGAGUGUCUCAGGAUGAUGACGUGCACCAGCGCAACGGGCAGAGAAAAAGAGUGAAAGGGUUGUCCCACUAUGAGUGUGCCUGGUUCCACCCACAACGUCAGAUACACUGGUGGCAGCAUUGGAAUACAAAAACUGAGGAGACUUGGGCUCUUUUGGAGGAAGUUGUGUCAUUGAACCCCCAAACACAACAAAAACACCUUUCUGUCUCUCUUUCUCUGUCCGUCGGGUUUGGCAAAUGUUACAGUAGUGAUAAUAUACUUUAGUAAUCAUGUCACUGCGCAGGCUUUACAUAGAGUAAUUUUCCCCCCAACUUUGUUGCCAUUUUGUAGUAGAGUGUCACCUUUUUGGACAAAUGGAUUAAAAACAAUAAGAGGUUGCCCAUUUCUGGCUGAGAUGUCAUUUAAAGGGGGAGGUCACAUAUAGAAAUGGAGAGUACUCAUAUAGCGCAUUUAUCGCCAUGUUUUUACCAUGCUGAAAGUGCUUAAAUUAACACAGAUUUACCCUUUCACACACACAUUCACUCACCAAUGGUGCUUCCAUACAAGGCACCGCCAACCCAUUGGGGGUGGAUAAGGGUUCAGUGCCUUGCCCAAGGGCACCUCGUCUGUGGGCUGUCACAGCCAGGAAUCGAGCCGCUGACCCUUCAGUACUAGAACAACUUGAUGUACUAACUGUGCCACAGACGCAGUUUUUUACAUACAGUCCCUGACAAAAGUCUUGUCGCUUAUCCAUUUUGUAGAAACAAUUGCUAUUAACCUGACUUUUAAUUAUGGAGGAUCUCGAUCUUCUUUGCCUUGAGGAACUUUGAGGUAGAUAUUGAAGUAUGCGAUGGAGCACCAUCCUGCUGCAGAAUUUGUCCCUUUUUAUUGUUAGGAAUGUAAGAGGCAGCUAAGAUUUGUUGAUGUUUCAGACUAUUUAUGUUGCCUUCCACCCUGCAGAUCUCUUGCACACUCCCAUACUGGAUGUAACCCCAGACCAUGAUUUUGCCACCACCAAACUUCACUGUUUUCUGAGUGAAUCUCAGAUCCAUUCGGGCUCCAGUAAGCCUCCUGCAAUAUUUGCGGCGACUGUGGUGUAAUUCAAUGGAAGAUUCAUCUGAAAAAUCCACCUUUUGCCACAAAACAGUGAAGUAUUGAUGCAACAUUAAAAGUGAUUUUUAGGGCUCAAGCAGUGAUAGGAAAAUGGCCCAAAUCUGUAAAUAAUUUAAGCUCACUGACAGUGCAUUAAAAAAAAACAUAUAACCCCCCACCGCCAACACCCAAUAAAUUCUUGAAGAAACAGACAUCAGUUUUUAUACUUAUGGUGGGUGGGGUGUGGGGGUUAGUAAAGCGUUACAUUCACUCCGUUAAAUUUAUUUGAGUAACCUUUUGAGAAAAAUGUACUUCUAAGAGUAAUUUUGCUAAGCAAUACUUUUUACUUUAGUAGCUUUGUGAAGAAGAAACUAUUCUUAAGCCAAAUUUAUGCUUCUGCCUUGUGGUGACGGAGUAGCGACGGUGUGGACCCCUACGUCGUCAAUGAGCAUUCUGCAUCAAGGAAAAGCGUUGCUCUGUAAUUCACCGCCAAGCCAAUAGAGGGCUGUUGCGUUUUGUUCGUGCAGUUUUGGGAGAUUUCUUGUCAGUUCCUUGAGUUUUCUUGCGGUUAGACAACAAUGGGAACGGAGAUGGAACACUUGAAUGUGGAUCUUAAAAUCAUCAACAUUGACAAACAAAUGUGGAUCAUACAAAUGUUGAGGUGUAGGCGAUACAGAAGACGGUUGUGCAGGUGGUCUGUCCGACUGUUGAUCUCGCACAGAGACUGGCAGUCAUAUUACAAAUUCUAGCCUCGGGUGCAAGCCAGUAAGCGGCAUCCUUCAAACUGGCAUCGGGCAAAGUGUCCCGCGUUUUGUUUGAGGUCUCAAAGCAUUGUGGACAGCCCUCCAGCCUGAAUUUUUGCCGUGUGCUACAACCAGCCAGUCGGAAGCCAUAGCAAAUUUCUGGCAGCUAUGGAACUUUCCAAACUGUGUUGGAAGCCUUGAUGGUAAAUAUGUUAUGAUUAAAAGCACUGAGGCACUCUCAAUCAGUGAUGAUGUAUCAAGUGUGUAAAGUGUCUGUUGAUGAAAAUUAAACAUCAAAACAACUCUUAUGACACCAAACCUGUUAUUCUUCUCAUACUUGAAGGGUAAAUGUAAAUAAGUCAGAUUCACAUCAAACAUAUGUGCAAAAUAAGUUAUAAAGUGCACCAACCCAAUAUACGACCUAAAGUGAUAAAAAGCCCGCAGUUUUUGGCUCGGUCACCGCUUUGUGUGGCGUAGUCAGGAUUUUGUGGAGGUGCACAUCAGGCU